AUGCCCUCAACGAAAAGACUUCAUCCGCAAACUACAAAAGAAUCAAUAUCUUCCAAAAAACCAAGACUAGAUCCAUCAAUAAUAAAACCAAAUCACACAUUAUACAUCAAGAAUUUAAACAACAAAAUAAAUAAAACACAAUUAAAACAUAACUUAUACCUUUUGUUUUCAACAUUUGAUGACAUAAUAUCCAUAAAGAUUCCUAAAAAAUAUGAAGCAUUUAUUGUAUUUUCUAAUAUAAAAUCUUCAACGUUAGCUUUACGAAGUUUACAAAAUGAAAUAAUAUUUAAUAAAGAAAUGAUUAUAAAUUAUGCAUUUCAUGAAUCUAAAAUUAUUGAAAAAAUUACAAAAGAAGAAAAUGACAUUAAUGAAGAAAAAGAAGUGAAUGAAGAUGAUGUACUACCGACUUAUGACAGUGAUAAUGAAAAUGAAGAUGAUGAAUAA